AAAAACCCAACUCCAUCCACUCCAAAGCUCCCAAUCCAUGUCCUUGGACCGUCGUCCUCGCAUAAUUGUCCACCAUGGAACCCGAAGAAUGAGAAGAUACCAUUACUACUGGUGCCAGCAUUGCCAAAGAACAGUGAGGAUUACCUCCGGGAUCCUAUCAGAAAUUCUUCUAUGUCCUUUUUGCUCAUGCAGACUCCAGUAUGAGUUCCAUGCACCGAGGCUAAGGCUUGUCCCCACUUUUACAGGCCUAGGAGACCUGGCAGCUGAGCUGUUGGAGGAUAUGGAUGUUAGUCUGCUGCCAAGGAGGCGGCAAAACACUGAUUUAAACGGAGUUUUAUGGGGAUCUGAAAUGCGUAUUCCCUCCAUUAAUGUCCCAUCUGGGGUCGGCCGUCAUUUCCUUACACCACCUCGGCCAGGCAGGCCGGUGGCUGCACCUGAAAAUGUGGCAGUGCCCAGAUUGGGUGGAAGCAAUUUUACCAUCAGGGACGUGCUGAACGAGGCGAUGGAGGAGCUUACUCACAAUGAGGUGACGGGGGAGAACACCCAAGAUGACAGGCCUGGGCCGCCACCUGCUGCCCCUUCAGCCAUUGAGGCCUUGCCAUCAGUAAGGCUGACACCCACCCAUUUGAGAAACGACCCUUGUUGCCCAGUUUGCAAGGAGGAAUAUCGGGCUGGUGAGGAAGUGAGGGAGAUGCCCUGCAACCAUUUGUAUCACUCCGACUGUAUUGUUCCUUGGUUGAGAAUUCAUAACUCUUGCCCCGUUUGCCGCUAUGAGCUGCAAGCUUCCCCCAACCCUCAUGCUGUUCACAACACUAGAGCUGAAAAUUUUGAUGUUGAAGAGGUGACGAACCGCCUAGUCUGGCCAUGGAACCAGUUGUUCUCUAUGUGGCCGUUCCGUUCAUUGCCAAAUUGGAGGUACCCAGAUGGUCUUGAUUUCCAUUACCAUCGGCGUGGAGCUGGCACCUGGUGGCCUUCCUGGCUCAUUCUAUAGCAUAUAUAUGUAUGUUGCAGCAGCACAGUCCCUGUGGGGAAGCUGCUUAUAACAUUAGCUUUAUGUUUGAAUUGUUCCUUAGGCAGGUAAGUAUAUAUAUCCAAUAUAUGCUAAUUUCAAGGUUGCUCUGGUGGAAAUAUGUCGAGGAUUCGCAGGUACGUCCAUAGGCCUGUAUUUUCUAUAUAUGUAUAGUCAUUUUUUUCCCUCAUCGUUUCUCCAUUUCAAUUAUGCAGUUAGGUUUCAUAAGGGGGCAAUGUACAGUGCUGAAGCUCCUAACUAUCCUGAAGUGUUUUUUCUUCUUUCUUUCAAAGUUUUCAACAUUAAAAAAAAAAAAAAAUGUAGUGUGAUCUCCUAGGUAUCGAAGCUAUACUAAAUGGGUGCACCAGAAUGCUGAUGCGUACAUGCAAUGAAAGGGGGUUUCAGCUCAAGCUCAAGCCUCUUUGGACUCUGAAGAUGCCGAUGAGGUGAGCUAGCAGAAUUGGCUGAGCGAGAGAUUUGGAUGGAAGAAACUGCUGUGAACAUGAUGAUGAGCUAAAAUCUGACAAAAGAACCAUCUGUCCUGCAACGAAGUGAUGGAAACUAGCAACAAUGGCGAUAGAUGUGAUAUCAUCCAUGCUCAAUAAUUUGUUGUUACACCAGGAUCUUCAUUACCAUAGUUUGAGCAAAUCUAAAUUACUCGCUCAUUGUCUUUGUCUUUGGGGCAGAAUAAAUUGUAACUCCAAAACCCACAAUCUUGUGAUAGAUUAGGCCUCAGUCUCAUUCUUUUUCUU